GCGCGCGUGGCGGGGAGGCGGCGCGGAGGGAGGGCAGCCCGGCUGCGGGAAGCGGGGCUCCGCGCUGGGACUGGUUCCUUCGCAGCCAUUUUCUGUCCAACCAAACAGCCGAUUUGCGGAGGGAGCCAACCAGGGCCGCACUGGAGAUGGAUGGUGAUAGCUCCACGACGGAUGCAUCUCAGUUAGGAAUUGCUGGAGAUUACAUUGGUGGCAGUCAUUAUGUGAUACAGCCUCAUGAUGACACGGAGGACAGCAUGAAUGAUCAUGAAGAUACAAAUGGCUCAAAAGAGAGUUUUAGAGAACAAGAUAUAUAUCUUCCAAUUGCAAAUGUGGCAAGGAUAAUGAAAAAUGCCAUACCCCAAACAGGAAAGAUUGCAAAGGAUGCAAAGGAAUGCGUGCAAGAGUGUGUAAGUGAGUUCAUCAGCUUUAUAACAUCAGAAGCAAGUGAGAGGUGUCACCAAGAGAAAAGAAAGACCAUCAAUGGAGAGGAUAUUCUCUUUGCCAUGUCUACCUUGGGGUUUGAUAGCUACGUUGAACCUUUGAAGUUAUACCUCCAAAAAUUCAGAGAGGCAAUGAAAGGAGAAAAGGGAAUUGGGGGAGCAGUUACAGCUGGAGAUGGUCUAAGUGAGGAGCUCACAGAGGAAGCAUUUACUAACCAGUUGCCAGCAGGCUUAAUAACUACAGACGGCCAACAGCAGAAUGUUAUGGUCUACACAACAUCAUAUCAACAGAUCUCUGGUGUUCAACAAAUUCAGUUCUCAUGAUUUGAAGAAAACUUUGGAUCUGGGAACACGAGACGGAAAAGCUGUGCAACUCUAACAAAGAGGCAGUUUUAAUGACUGGUGAAGAGACUUAUCUCUUUGUAUAUUAAAUAGCUGUAAUGUAGCUACCAGAAGCUUGACUAACUGAGGUGUGAGUUCUGACUCAAAUCUUUUUUCAUGAUGAUUUUAAAAAACAACAAGAAAAUUGGAUUUUAAAGGUAUUAAAGUAUUUUUGUUUUGUACAAGAGUUUGUUGCUCUGUAUAACUCCUGUAUGCAUUGUAUAUUGCAAUUUAUUACUGUCAGAGAUUUGUAGACAGUUUCUUAUUUUCAUAUUGAAUCAUGUUACUUUUGUAAUUCAGGUAAACAGCUGGGUUAAUUCAUGUUUACCCUUUGAAUAAAAUUGUAAGGGUACAGUUCUUUUUUGAAUGCAAGUUGCCUUUAUUCUAAAGAUUGACUUGGUCUUGGUUAUGUAACUUGCCUUGCAUGACAACCUCAGCUAACUUUACAUGUCAGCCUAUUUAUUGAACUUUUGAAAGGGACUUUUUCCUCAUGAAGCUAGCAACUCAAAUGAAUUGCUACAACUUCUUUUUUUUUUCUUUUUUUAAUGUAACUUCAGAAUUAAAAGUUCUUCAAAACCAACCAAUGCUCUACUACAUCUAGAGGCUCAGAGUUUAUCAACAGCAUUGAUGAAAACACUGUGCCAUGCAGGUCUUUGUUUAUCUGGGUUAUUUUUUUUUAAGUCACAUUAAUUCCUUAGACUUAAUUUGAUAUAUUUAAGGUAGUCUUUGUGCUACUAAAAUAGCUCUUUUUUUAUGUAUGGUUUUUAGAAUCCAAAAUGUAGAAAUUCAAGGGCGGGGGGGGGGAAAGGAAUUUUAUAGUCCUUGUGGUAAAAGAUCUGAUUUUAACUUUUUACUGAAAUGUUUUAAGGUUUCUUGUGAGACUGUGGGAACUCGAACGUGUUGGCGACUCUCCAUGUACAGGCUCUGUGUGUGUAUGUGUGUAUGUGUGUGUGUGUGUGUGUGUGUGUGACUGGAACUCCCAACAAGGGACAAAAAUCUGAAGUUGGAGAUAGGCUUCUCUCUCCUCUGCCAACUCCUUCCCAGUUUUGCAAUAAACCCUACCUAGGGAAUGUAGUUCUGUGUGUUUAGAGAGCUGUUCUUAGUAAGUUCGCUAAUUUUGUUAGAUGCAGUGUCUUAACCUGUUAGGAUAGGGGUGGUUGCUUUAGUAAUAUAUCUGUCUUAUUCAGACUGAAUUUUGGGGACCUUUGCUAUUUUUACUGUUUGCAGUGGACUGAAAUGUAAUAGAAUUCUCUUUCCACAUACCUGUCAUUAAUUUAAGCAAGCCACACCUUCAUCUGUUACCAUAUAAUUUUGUGCUGGGGUUGUUUUGUUGUUGUUUUGGGAUGAUUUCUUCUUCUUUUUUUUUUAACAGUUUAAUAUUGGGAAAAAUAACAAACUACAACAUCCCAGAAGCCUGAAAUAGCCAUUUCUUUGCUAAACAAAUUCUGUAUGUGCAGAUUUGAACAGUGUUUGUUAGAAACGGGCAUCAUGCUGGCAGAGCCCCGGGAGGGGGAGGCAUCCAGUGUAUUCUGUGGCAAUCUGGACGGAUGUUCUGGGUUCUGUGGCAGUCUGUCAUUCUUCAGCAGCUAUGACUGAACAAAUGGAGUUUUUCAUUAAAUGUAAACAUGAAUAACAAUCUCUACACAA